AGAUAAAAAAAUGGCGAAGUAGAAGUAGAAAGGUAGAUUGAGUGAGUAGAGUCUCAAGUCUCAACUAAACCGACAGUUGAAUAUGAGUUGUGGCGGUGAGGGUGAGAGUCAAAGAGUGCCAUUUUCACUUCACAUGUUGCUAUUUGUAUGGUUGUUGUUUGCAUUUUGUUGUUUGGGUUUAGCUGAUGUAAGUGUGAGUGGAUGCAAUAAGGCUGCAGUUAUAUUCGUGUUCGGCGAUUCAAACUCGGAUACGGGUGGACUCACUUCUGGACUCGGUUUCCCUAUUAAUAUUCCUAAUGGUCGCACUUUCUUUCACAGAUCCACUGGUCGUUUGUCUGAUGGACGCCUCGUUAUUGACCUUCUCUGCCAAAGUUUGAAUACAAAUUUUUUGACUCCAUACUUAGACGCCUUGUCUGGAUCCACAUUCACAAAUGGAGCAAACUUUGCAGUGGUGGGAUCCUCUACCCUCCCAAAAUAUGUUCCUUUCUCUUUAAAUAUACAGGUCAUGCAGUUCCAGCAUUUCAAAGCUCGGAGCCUUGAACUUGUUACCGCAGGUACAAAAAAUAUGAUCAACGACGAAGGCUUUCGGGAUGCACUCUACUUGAUUGAUAUUGGACAAAAUGACCUUGCUGAUUCAUUUUCUAAAAACCUGUCGUAUCCACAAGUCAUCAAGAAGAUCCCGACAGUUAUCACUGAAAUUGAAAACGCUAUUAAGAGUUUGUACAAUGAAGGUGGCAGGAAAUUUUGGCUUCACAAUACUGGGCCCUUUGGUUGUCUUCCUAAAUUGAUUGCACUGUCACAGAAGAAGGAUCUGGAUUCAUUAGGAUGCCUUUCUAGUUACAAUUCUGCUGCAAGAUUAUUUAAUGAAGCGCUGAAUCAUUUGAGCCAGAAACUAAGAAUUCAAUUGAAGGAUGCUACCUUAGUCUAUGUUGAUAUUUAUGCCAUUAAGUAUGAUCUCAUCACAAAUGCCACCAAAUAUGGUUUCUCAAAUCCAUUGAUGGUAUGCUGCGGCUACGGAGGACCUCCUUAUAAUUUUGAUGUAAGAGUUACAUGCGGUCAACCUGGUUAUCAAGUUUGCGACGAAGGAUCUCAGUAUGUGAGUUGGGAUGGAAUCCAUUUUACCGAGGCUGCAAAUACAUGGAUAGCUUCUAAGAUACUUUCCACGGCUUAUUCCACACCACGGAUACCUUUUAGUUUCUUUUGCCGCCACUGACGAUGGUGAUUAAAUUAUGCACCUUACAAGGGUGCAAAAAAAACAGUGAAUCUACUGUUAGUUCAUUGGUUGUUGUUGUCUUGCCAUCUCUCUACCUCUCCAUGAACAGGCUGUCACUUUGUCAUGCUCAUGCUGAAGUUGUAAGAAAUCAGGGGUAUGGAAUUAAAGCCUGGCCCAUUUGUCAGAUAGUGUCUUUGUUAUUUGCCAAAGGGGCGGUGUUUGAUGUUGUAUUAUGUAAACAAUGGAUGACAAAAAUGAUGCAUGUUUCACUAUGCCACUAUUAUGAAAGCAAUAAUUUACUGAUCAAGGUUUAAUAAAAUCAAGUAGCAAAACAGAUUUCACAUUUUUUUA